AUGGCAACGUCACUUUUGUCAACAGAUGAACAAAAUUUCAUUCAUUUCGGAAUAGCGACGGUAGAAGAGAUACCACGGAUCUUAAGAAUACUUUUAGAGAGUGAGAUCCAGCCUCAUGACUUACCUAAAGCAGUGAGAAAUUGCAGUACUAUAAAACUUUUUCAAGACCAGCGCAAUCUGGUCUGCCCAAAAUCAGCUAACGACCCUGACUAUGAGUGCUUUGAUGUUACUUUACUCUACACUCUUAUUCGGAAUCUUUGUCCUGCAUUCACACCGACUAAAGGAUGGAAAGCUACACCAUCCGCCAGUGAAGUUUUAGUUGGAGAUGACAUUGCGAGGCUUAGAGACCUACGAAACAAGUCAUUCGCACAUGUGAAGAAUGCGUUUAUUUCAGAUUCAGAAUUUAAAAAUCUAUGGAGUUCUCUAGAAGAUAUUUGUAAAAGAAUGGAAACUCAAACAAAAACCUUUUCAAAACCUUAUCAUAAUGGUCUUGACAAAAUUCUUAGAAAGGAAUUAGGAACAGAAUCCAUAGAAUUUUAUCAAGCCAUGGUUGCUUCCGAAAAUCAAUGCAUUCGAAGAGAAUUAAAUGAACUGUCUAAAAAUGUGGGUGCGUUAGUCAUAGAACAAAGAAAGAAAUCAUCAACACUUAAAAUUUGUGGUCCUUCUAUUGUGGAAUAUGGUACAGAUGUUGAAUUUUACAUAGAGUUUGAUGGGGAAUCUAACAAUAACAUCCAUUCUGUUUCCUGGAUUAGACGAGAAGGCGCCGUUUCGCAUGAAAUUGAUACAAAAAAUGAAAAAUAUGAAGGUAGCUUAAAUGAAAAACUUAUCAUUCGAAAUGUCUCUUUUGAGGAUAAUGGAAAAUACCAAGCAAUCAUGCUAGAGCUCAAUCAGACACAUAUCCACUCCAACCAAAUUGAGUUGAUGGUCUCAGGAAGGAAGAAAUGGAUUAAAUAUGAUGAAAACAAGUCAAUGGAUAUAGAUAUUCGAACUUUCAAAUAUCAAGGAAGCACUUUGCAUGUCCAAACAUCGAUGCUUAUCAUCAAUAAUGCUGAUUUCCGAGACCAAUGUGAUUAUUGUUUUGCUGUGUCUAAUGCCGUUGGGGAGGUCAGAAGUGAUCCCUUUGUUUUACGUGUCUUGGGAUGUCCACCAGAAAUAAGUUUGAAGGAAGGCACAGACACUGAAAUUUCGACAACCUUUUCAGCAAGAGUCAUAUCUGUUCCAUCUGUUACAUCUCUGAGCUGGGAAAAUAUUAUUACCACCGAUCAUGGAACCCAGUGCAUUCCUAUCGAUAUUCGUGAUUCGAUGUAUCAAGAUAGUUCUAAUUUGUGUCCUUUUCCAAAGUUGGUGGUUAAAAAAAGCAAGGCUGUUGAUCUACACAAGAUUAAGCUUGUUGCAGAAAAUUUUAUAGGAAAGGCAGACGUCAUAGUAGACGUUCAGGAAUAUAUUAGAUGUCGGCAAGAAGAUAAUCUUAAAAGACAAGAAUUACCAGGCUACAGAAAAGUAGACUCUAGUAAAAUUAAAGAACUCGAUACUUUGCUUGACUUCUUCAGUUUUCUUUUGUCUGAAAAUUAUUUUAGCAGUACCGACGUAGUUUUCAUGCAACUUCUUUUAAGACGCAUAAAGCGUGAAGACCUUGAGAAAAUGUGCAUUAAAUAUGCAACUGAGGAUUCAAAAGCCUUAUGUUACUUCGCAGAAAGUGAAACACCAGACUGCAAGGACUGUCUCCGACUGGACGGUAUUCGUCAAACAAGUAGCUUUAAUUUAGUCUUUGAAAUGAAGAAUGAAUACGUGCAAAAACUAUUAAACGUUAAUCCUGGAAAGUUUGAAGUGCUUGGAAGAUAUUCUGUAGACAAAAUAAUUGUUGGAGGACAAACAAUCCAUAUUGAUUCCAGUGAAAUGU